AUAUCGAAAAAAAGAGAAACCAUAUCUGGUAAUGGAACCUUUAAGUUUCACGGCCUUAGCUAACAUUGCUCAUUAGUCGAGCCAAACUCCAUAAGUAAUAAUGUUUAGAUAAUUAAUUUUAGUUCAGGUAAAAAAUAAAAAUCGGCAACACCGUUUUGUAGCCCUCGUUCAAAUAGUAAACAAGAGUUCUUUUUGGUGGUGUCAGAACUUGCAUAAACGCGGAAAUCGGCUAUUUUGUGAUUCUGGGCGAGGGUAUCAGCAUCAAGAAAAGGACAACUGGGUCGCCGGGCACCCACGACUUAUGGAUUUUAGCAUGGAGCAGUACCUAAGCCGCCGCGAAAGCGGGUUCCCCCACAAAGGCGACGACAACUUUGUCAUGCGGCGGAUCUACAGUUCGGUGGGAAUGUUCAAUAGCUAUCAUGCCAACUGCAGUCCCAUGGAGGCCGGCUGGACGGGAGCUAUAUUCAACUUAGAAUUCAAUGCGCAUGGAAACGUGGUGGUGGCAGCGACCGAGCGCAAGUGCGUCCUCGUCUUCGACGCUGUCACCCAGCGGGAGAUCUUCAAGGUCCCCGACGCACACACGGACAGCGUUAACUGCAUUAAAUUUUUCGACGAACGCCUCUUCGCCACCGGAUCGGAUGACUACACGGUGGCACUCUGGGAUCUCCGAAACAUGAAGCAGAAAAUGCGAGUCUUACACGGCCACUCCAACUGGGUCAAAAACAUCGAGUACUCCUCUAAGGAUAAGCUCCUUGUCAGUUCUGGUUUCGACGGCAGCAUCUUCACCUGGGACAUCAACUCCCAGACCGAGCAGGGCCUAAUUUCGCAUCGGGUCUUCCAUGCCAGUGGCCUGAUGCGUUGUCGAAUAUCCCCGGCAGGGGACAAGCUUGUACUCUGCACCAGUGGGGGUUAUAUUAUGAUAAUACACCAUCUGGACCUCACCACCUUACACAACGAUCUCUGUGGCUUUAGACCCGGUAUCUAUCGCCUGAUGCAGCUAGGCGAACAAUACAUCCCACAGGCAGCCAAGUACGACCAUGUCUUCUCAAAGAAGCAGAAGAAGAACCGCGUGGAACUGGUCACUGAUUUCCCUGAGCACAACGACGCCGAGAUGAUAAUGGCAUUGCAGAUCCAUCCUCAUUGCCGUUGCAUGCUGACGCGCAACGUCAGCUGCGACGAGCAGAGCGAGUGGACCUGUAUCCACGACAUCAACGAGGAGCCGGUGCCCAGUGACGACGAGCAGCGGCCGGAGGAGCCGCAUCCCAAGAAGAAGUGCGUGAACACACCAAAUAAUCCUCGGAGCAGUAGCGCAAGUAGAAGUAGCACAUCAAGUUACCCUGCUGCCACCUCCCACAGUCAGGAAGUAAGGCAGCCAAGAAGGUCUCUGCAUAUGAGCAGCGUGCAAGUUUUCCACUUAGACAACGCCGGAUCGAACCGCCUGGAAAACGGUCAUCCUGCUCCUAUCCAAAGACCAGACACCUUUAUUCCUGACAUCUGGGCAGCGGAGGUGACCGUGCAGGAGCGGGCUAUUCGGCAGAACCGUGCGAGGAAUUCCAGCAACCAUGUUGGCGGCUAUAACUUUGUGUACGCCAUCAGCAGCGGAGUGCUCCCGCUGAGACCUUCGGUUAACAGUCGCCAGCAACCGAAUCCACCCGCCGGCGAAGUCCCUGCCUCAAACAGCAGUAGCUCUAGCUCGAGUAGCAGCAGCAGCAGCACAAGCAGUGGCGACACCCCAGUUCGGUUAGAGAUCGGUCAGCGGGUGCGGCUGCGACCUCUAAUCGGAGCGGGGAUGGGGUCGGCGUCCAAGGAGAACGACCACUCCAUACUUGUGAACGCCAAGAAACUGCUAUACUAUGCUGCCGAAACUAAUACCAAGUCGGGUUUCAUCAAGGAACCGGGAUUUUCAGCGGACGGGAGGAUCAUUUGCUCCCCCUACGGCAACGGAGUGAGACUUUUGGGCUACAGUGCCGAUUGCGGUGACUACCCCAGGUAUCAGAUGUUCGACGAAGUCAAGCGCCAGCCCAGGCAGCUGGUGGAGCUGGCCAAGAUCACCGAGCACCAAGACGUUGUCCUGUGUGCCAAAUUCAGCCCCAAAGAGCCACUGCUAGUGACCGGCUGCAAAAGAGGCGAGGUGACGUGGUAUCGGCCAAAUCUCUAGACUAACCAAGUCCAGGGUCAUAAUUGUACAUUUUACUUUCGAUUUAGGCAUAGUUUGACUUCCCCCCCCAAUUAGCUCUUGGCAAAAUAUAUGCACGCAAGAUUAUGGUGAACCGAUUAA